GGCGGGCGCAUCUUUGCUGGGAGCCACAUUCUCGCCCGGAGCAGCAUUUCUUUUCUGGAGCCGUAUCCCCGCCGGGAGCCGAGCGAGGGCGGGGCGCCCAGUAGGCUGGGACGCCGGAGUCCGGUCGGGCUCCGGGCUCAUUUGCGGCCCGUGGACGCGUGACCCGGCACGGCGCCCAUGAGUCUGCUUUCCCGCGCAGUCUCCGCACCGCGCACCCGGCUCCGCCUGCUCGCCAGAGGCCUCGCGGGCAUGGCCGGGCCGCUCAAGUCCGUGGACUACGAGGUGUUCGGGAGAGUGCAGGGUGUUUGCUUCAGAAUGUACACAGAAGGGGAAGCAAAGAAGAUAGGAGUGGUUGGCUGGGUAAAGAACACAAGCAAAGGCACUGUGACAGGUCAAGUGCAAGGCCCUGAAGAGAAGGUCAAUUCCAUGUCCCGGACUGGUAACUUUAAGAGGAAUUAUUACUGGCAUUGAUAAUUUGGGCUGUUUCCAUUUGAAGCUGGAGACUGUGUGCACAUCUUUGAAUUGCCUGAACUUUUAUUAUUUGGAGGAGAUACAAGCAUCCUCUGGAAGUUUUGCUGAUUCCUCUGACUCAUCGCAUCUGAUGAACGUGCUGUCUCGAAGCCAGGUUGAUGAUUGCCUUUCACAUUACACGGAACGAUCUUCAGCGAUCACGGAUCAAAUUGCAUACAGACUUUAUUUCCCUGUGUUUUGCAUUUCUAUUAGCUCAGGUUCACCUGUUAACCCUGGGACUUCUGACGUCCUCAGCCGUGCACUGCUGACUAAGCGCAUCACCAUAUUCUUUCCUGGAUGGAAAUGACCAAGUCAGGAUCAUUUUGUCGUGGCCUGUCCUGUUGGCUUUACCUUUUGCUUUCCAGCCCUUGGUAUCAAGCUAAGAAUGGAAACACUUUAAAAGAAUAAAAAGUGUCUUUAUUCCCCGCCUUACACAUGGCUUAUUGACUGUGGCCAAACAGCAAGGAUGCAGAACAGAGAGGCUAUUGUGCACCCAUUAGUCAUUUCUGGGGCAUCAAACUCCCUCCCGUGUGGCAGUUGUGUGGUCUAUAGCUGCGCAGUCCACACGCAACCAAGAAGUUAAGUGUGUUUCAUUUAACAAGAGUAAAUAUAUUCCUGUACAAAAAUGUUCCAAAACAUGUAAAAAAUGCAAAUGCCUGCAAUCUCACCCCAGAAAUAAGUUUAUUUUAAUAGAAGCUAGAGACUUAUUUUUUUCCUUAGAAAUGUCUUGCCUGUUUCCACCACAAAAGGUUAAAAAAAAAACCCUUUUUAUUUAUUACCAAGUAAUACACAUUUACUUUUAGAAAAAUUAGGAGCUUAAGUAGACAAAGCAUUCUCACUAGAAUACCCUGAAGAGAUGUCUGCUCUUCCUUAUUUGUAACUGCCAUGUAAAUUAUGUAAAUUUACAACUAGGUAUAAAUGUUUUCUAAAACUGGCCUCAUCUUUUACUGUGAAUGUCUUUCCAUGUCAGUAAGCAUAUACCCACUAGUGGCUGUAAGAUAUUUCAUUAUGUUGAAGUAUAAAAUAAAUUCAGGCCAGCAAGAUGGCUCAGUGGGAUGACUCUUACUCUCAAGGCUGAGCCCAAGUUCAGUUCCUGGAACCUACAUGCUAGAAGGGGAGAAUCAACUCCUCUGAGUUGUCCUCUGACCCCCACAUGUGCUCUGUGGCAUGCCCGAGUACACACAUGCACGCACACACACACACACACACACAUUAAAUAAAUGUAAUAAAGUAAAUAUACUUAAUAAAGCUCAUAAUAAUGAGGACCAAAUCCUUUAAAUUAUCUUUUAGAGUAUUUGUUGUGGGGUUUAUAACAUAUUUCUUUGAAUCCAGUUUUUAAUUUUUUAUGAUUUCUUCCUUGGGAUCAUGUUUAGGAAUGUUUCUUCCCUAUUCAAAUAUUUUAAAUUUUUUAUUUAUUUUAUUUUAUGUGUAUGAGUGUUUUGCCUGAAUGUAUGUAAGUAUACCAUGUGUGUGCAAUCCCCACAGAGGCCAGAAGAGGCAUUGGAUCCCCUAGAAUUGGCAUUGCAAACUAUUGUUAGCCAUAAUGUAGGUUCUGGGAAUCUAACCCAGGUCCUUUGCAAAAGUAGCCUGUGUUCGUAAUUAGUUAAUCAUCUCUCUAGCCCCCAAAUAUUUUUUAAAUUAUGUAUUUGUGUGGGUAUGUACACAUGAUUACAGUACCUGUGGAUGCAGAAAGAGGAUAUUGGAGCCUCUAGAGCUGAAGUUACAGGCAGUUGUGAACUGCCUGAUAUGGGUACUGGGAACUGAGCUCUGGAAGAGCAGUACACACUCUAACCGCUGAACCAUCUCUCCAGCCUCCUGUACAAACAUUUAAAAAUUAUUGAGCUGUGUUUUCUUACAAUAUUUGAUUAUUUUCUGUUUAACACUGAAAAUUUUAGCCAGUAGAAUUUGUUUUACAUAUUGAGGCAAGAUUCUAACUUAAUUCUUUUCUAAAAUCCUUUGUUAAAUAAUUCAUCCCUCUAACAAUUAGUA